AAACAGGGGAGAGAACUGUCCCUGUAACUGUCCCUGUGUCCCAAGUAAGCAGAAUCAGGAAUGCUUACCUGGGACGUGUGACAAGAUGGGGGACGACAGGGCUGACAGGUGGGAGGCAUCUGUGCUGGCUCUUCUGGGCUACACUGUUCACAGAGGUAGCUUAGGCCAGCAUGGCCAUUGACAUCUGACACCUUCUACCUGUCUGGUGGCAGCUCUUGUCAGCUGGUGGCCCCCUAGCUCCUGGCCAGGCAUCUUCCCGAAGACCUGUUAGUCCCAGAGUCCUUGAGCCUGGCUCUGUGGUGGCUCCUUCUGCUUCUCGGACCAUGGCACCGCUAAUGGGGCUCUGAAAGACAUGGUCAUCGAGGUGAUGUCAGGUGUACCCAGCACAGUCCAGAGCACAGAAGUUUAGAAAGUCAGCAGGUGUGGGACAAGGGUGAGGGACUUGGUUGCCAGUGGUCAGAGGCACCCUUCCCUUGAGCAACAUUAGAGGGGCCGGGCUGACCUCACAAAGGGGCUUCAGGUGUGGCCACCGAGCUGGGGAGUGGAGCCAGACAGCAGAAGCCCCUGGAGUGCAGACCCCAGCAGACACUCUGACCAGGCACAGGGGCAUGAACUGAGCGUGCUGAGGGCAGAGAACAGCCAAGGGCUGCCCAGCAGUUAGCUCAAGUCCUCAGGAAGAAGGGGACAGUUGGGACGGUGGUUCGAGGACCAGCAGCCAGGAACGUGGUGAAGAACGUGGAUCUGAGCAGUGCCAAGAGGAGUUGGGGUGUUGGUAUCUCUGCAUCUGAAAGGAUAGAUGGUGCUUGGCCUGUGACCCUUGGCUGAGGCGCCAUGGUCAGGCUCUGCCAGGCCCUGCUGCUGCUGGUAGCCACCGUGGCCCUUGCAUCCAGAGGAGUCCACUCCUGGGGUUCAGCGAAGGUGGUGAGGACAUUCCAAGAUAUCCCUCAAAACUACGUCUAUGUGCAGCAGGCACUCUGGUUCGCCAUGAAGGACUACAACAAGGCCAGCAGCGACAAGUUCAGCUUCAGGGUGCUGACGGUUCUGAAGAGCCAGGAGCAGGUGACAGAUAGUUUGGAGUACUAUAUUGAGGUCAAAAUUGCCCGAACAAUUUGCAAGAAAAUUUCGGAAGAUGAAAACUGUGCAUUUCAAAAGGAUCCCAAAAUGCAAAAGAUGGUUUUCUGUACCUUUAUUGUUGCAUCCAAACCAUGGAAAUUCGAACUCACCAUGCUGAAGAAACAUUGCAAAGACAUAUAGGGAUCUUCUAGCAUGUUCUGCCACACUCAUUUCCAUUUUAAAGAGGAAGAAAAGACACUUGCAAGAACUAGAACAGCACAGUUAACCCAUUAACCUCAUUUGUUUGGCCUUUUUGCUUUUGUGUUCUUUGUGGGCUGAUGUUGAAAAUUUGUGGUGUGUUUUGACAGCAUUGCACAGACAAUUCUAGCUGGAUACUUCACCUCCUAGCUGGGAUAAUCUGCUACCAAUAAGUGGAAGCUGUUUCUACACCUCAACCAACCCUGAGUACAAAUUACCUUUCACUGACAGCUCUUUCUAGAUAACCAGAGAACCCAGCCCUCAAUUGCUUCAAUCAUAGGGGGCAAUUUCUGUAAGGCUCUGAGAGUCUGGCUGUCUUGGGAGUUUCUGUCCAUGGAUUUCUGUAGAAAUCUCCCUUCCCAGGACUUUUUGGAAGACAUGUCCUGUUGGCUUAGAAACAUCUAGUUUUAAACAGAUCCAACCAGAGAGUCAGUAGGAUCACUGGUUUUGAGUUGAAGCAGAGAAGUUAAUGGUGCAGGGAAAGAAGACUGCAUUUGUGUGUGUGUGUGUGUGUGUGUGUGUGUGUAUAAAUGUGCAUAAAUGUGUGCUCACAAUUAGGUGUAUGAGUUAGUUAAUGCUGCAUGACAAAUCACCUGGUCACUUAACAGCUCAAGCAAUUUAUUUAUAUGUCUCAUGGUGUCUGUGAGUCAGGCAUCUCUGGGUGGCCUGGCUAGGCGGUUCUGGUUGUCACCUUUCAUCACGUUACACUCUGAUAUUGACUGUGUGCCAUUAUUUGAAGGUUUGACGGACUCUGGAGAACCCCUUCCAAGGCAGCUCACUCCUGUGGCUGCAGGUUGGCAGCGGCCAUUGACUGAGAUCUCUGUUCUCCACGUGGCUUCUCCACAAGAUUGCAGGGAGCUUAGUGUCCCAGUUGACUUGCUCCAGACAGUGUUCCAGAGACCAAAAUGGAAGCUAUCAUAUGUUUUGUAACCUGGACUCAAUCCAGAACAGCCCUGGCUCAGUAUGGACUAUACAAGGACAUAAAGAUAGGAGAUUAGGUUCACUGGAGGCCAUUCGGGAGGCUGGCCACUACAGUGUGUACGCAUGUGUGCAUAUGUGUGUGCAUGUGUAUGAGGAGUGGACUGAGGUGAUGAAGGGAUAACCUGACCAUGAAGAGCCACUUUCUGAAAUUCUGAUGUGUAGACAGAAGCACCAAUGUGCAGGGAGGGGCCAGGAGACAAUAUUAUGUAAUAGCAGUAAUAACACAGGGUCAGGUUCUAACUUAGACACAUGAGGGGGAUGGUGAAGCUCUGGGGCCACCUGCAUGACAGCUCUCCUUGAGGGCUCUUCUCUGACAGAGCCGACUGCAACCUUCUGAGCUUCUCUGUGUGGAGGCUUUCUCUGCCAAUGAGGGGCAGGCUGGACUGCCAGUGAGUAAUACCCAUGAGAGGAGCCCUCAGCCAAUGAUAGAGGUUGGAGGAUAAACAUCCUGGGCUUUUGUCCCGUGGAUAUGACACCAGGUUGUGAGUUGCAUUCCACGCAGUCCCUGAGGAGCGCUCUGCAAGACUGAGCUCUAGCUACCCGUAUUGCCAGUCUCUCUGUCCACGCUGCAUCUGCCCCUUACCAUUUCCAGUUUCCAACUGCCUUUCUGGAAUCACUUCUAAAUAAGCCACUUGUACUUGAAUUUUUGUCUCAAAGUCAGCUUCUGGAGGAGCCACACUAAUAGUGGAACCAGAUCUACUUUAAGUGGCAACCUGAGAUGCCCAGGGGCUUCUGGCUGAGAUCAAACAUCAGGACACCCUUCAUCUCGACAAUGGAAACACCAAAUUCUGCUAAAAUAUUUAAAGAGGUUUAUUCUGAGUCAUACGAGUGACUAAGACAGGGAAACACAAUCUCGAGAGGUCCUGAGAAAGUGUGCCUGAGUGGUCAGGUCACAGGUUGGCCUCAUACAUGUCAUGGAGCCAGGAGUUGCAGGCAAAAUUAUAAACAAAUACAUGGAAGGUAUACAUUUGUUCGGCCCAAAAAGGUGGGACAUCUGAAGGCAUGGGCUUACAAGUUUUAGGUGUGUUUAGGGAUUCUUUAGUUGGAAAUUGGAAGAAAAAGUUAAGCUUUGUCUAAAACAUGGAGUAAGUAGAAAGGAAGCUAAGGGGAUCUUCUACCUGUCAGGUGAUGCCAUGCCAGUCAGUUGGAAAAGCAAGCCACAAUCUGCUCGGUCAGAAAGUACCUUUUUGAUGAGAUUUUAUGGUUUGUAAGGCAUGAUUCCUCAGGGCCUUAAACAGAAAUUUCAGAAAGAAAGAAAAGAGUUCAGUUCUCAACCUGCACUCCCUGACAUCUGCCAGCAGCUGAGCUCUUGGGUGGGGGCAUAUGAAGUGGCAUUCUUCAUGGUCCACCCCACCCUGGGCCCCUCCUCUCCCGUGUGCUGGCUGGGUCGCCGGGACACUGCCAGAGCAGUUCUUGUUCCAUCCUUUCCCCGCCUCAGGAUCAGGGUCCCUAUGCUGCGACCUGCAGCACCUGAGGACACAUCUCUCCCAUCCACCUCCUUCUUCAUCCCCAAGCUCUGUGCUUCUGGGGCCACUGGUCUCCCUUGCCUCUUGGCCUGAGCUGGCCAGCCCUACGUGGUCUUAUGAGCAGCCUCUGAAGGAGGGUGUUCUUUGCUGAGCCCUGACAGUGUGAUUGAACACUGGAGGGACCUGGGUGCUCACAUGCCCUGGGCUCCUUGUUUCCAUCAUACUCAUAACUUGUCUUAGGCCCACCAAACCCUACUGCCCACAUCUAAGGUCAGUUCUGUUAAUGUGAUCCAUGCAUUGGUUCAGGUUUAGCUCUUCAAAACCAUCUGGCCUCUGUUGACCCAUUGAGUCCGACUCAGGAUGAAGAAUCAAGACUAAGGCACUUCCACUGACUCAGGGGAUUUUUGAGUUUAUUGACUAACAGCAACAUUUUGUGUGAGCAUGAAAUGUGGACACAGAGGCUCCUGAGAAACCCCCAGAUUGUCUCCUUUUCUACCAAGGCUAUCUGUGGCCACGCAGGAUGGACACAGCCCCUGGGAUGCCAAAUCCCACCUUCACCCUCCCAUCAAAGACCUUGCUCUUCAGAUGACAUGGAUUCAAGUGUCAUCUUGCCAUCAAGCCAUUCUUUUUCUUUACCUUAUGAAUAACUUUGAAAAAAAAAGACAAUGUCAAAAACUCACCUUACAAAGCAGGGAAUAUUCCUGCUAUGGACCGAAUGCCUCCCAUCCAAAAUCCAGUGAUGGAAUUAAGAGGUGGUGCCUUUAAGAGAUAAUUAGGCCACGAGGGCUCUUUCCUCAUGGGUGGGAUUAAGGCCCCUAUAACAGAGGCUUCAUGCAGUGUACCUGGCCCUUCCACCACGUGCGGACACAGCAGGAAGGCCCUCACAAGAUGCUGGUAUCUUGCUCCUGGGCUUCUCAGCCUCUAGAACUCUGAAAAAUAAAUUUUCAUUCCCUAUAAAUUA